AUGGAGGAAACUAGGAACAGACCAGAGAGGCGGGAGAGGGUGGAAGAUCUUCAUUUGGACAGGGUGGUGGCAUCACAACCUGAAAUAGGACCAACACCCCCUGACGGCGGUUAUGGAUGGUUGAUAUUGUUCGCUGCCGUGAUAUACAAUGUAACAGCACCAAGCUUACUAUUACUAUAUGGAUUAGUGAUUUUGAAGUCAUUACGGGAAGAAGAUCAUGAAGAGGGUGAACGACUACGUAUUUGGGAUUUAGAUACCGCUUUGGUGCCAGUAAUUUUCACUGUGAUACGUUUAUUGCUAGAAUCAUGGUGUAGGGCAGUGGCAAAGACGUUUAACAUGCCGCGUUUUACGGCGCUGUCUGGUUUAUGCAUGACAGUAGCUGGUGUUCUGUUGUCAAGUUACGCGACCAGUGCCUAUUCAAAUGACCACAUUGUGAAUAUAUUUGCGGGGAUACUAAUUGGUAUCGGUUGCGCAUUGACCGGCCAACAGACAGACUUAAUCAUUACACACUACUUCCGAGAAAAACUGACCAUAGCCCAACGUAUAAUCAAAGUAGCACCCGUGAUAGGAAAUGUCCUUAUGCCUUUGCUGAUCGGCUACCUCUGCACCAUUUACUCAAGCGACAUAGUCGUCAUGAUAUUCGGAGCUAUUCUAAUGCAAAAUUGCGUGUUACUCGCUUCCUAUACAAGACCCGUAUACAUCGAGAGGGUCAUACGUACUACGUAUAACAUGAUACGAGACGGACCCGAAGAUGACGAUGAAGUCAUAUUUUCCAACCAGACAGAGACAGUGGCCAGAACUAAUCCCGUAUCAACACAAGACGAGGACGCAAAUGACGUUGUUGUCUUUAAAUCCAGGGAAAACGCUAGAGAAAUAAUGGACACCAACGUGGAAACUGGACAGAGCAGAUUCUCAUCAGAUUUCAGCGCAAUGUUCGAUAGCUCAAGGUCCAAUAGGUUCUCUUCUGAUUUCGGAGCAUUGGACAUAAGCAGUCACAGUCGAAUAAGUGGCUAUCAAGAGUUGGAGAGUAUAGAUAGAGACGCCCAACCUCAGCCUCUGUACAGAGAGACUACAGUGAACGCGACAUCGAAUGGUUUAGUGUUUGCCGCAGAAGUAACGCCAGGUGCAGCCAGGCGUACUGCGUUCUUGAAGAAGAACGUGAUUGCUGUGGCGAAUAUGCUAAAGGAUGUGAACUUCUAUAUGUACACGCUGCUACAUUUGUGUACGACGUAUAGUGUUCUAGUGUUGAGUGUUAUUUUCCCGCCAUUGAUGUGGGAGGAGAAUCCAGGUUUAAAUGUCUGGACGAUAUCAUCGUUAACAUCCAUAGCGCACGCAGCUGCUCUCUGUUUUGUAAUUCUUUGCGUUUUCUUGCCUGAGAAUAUAAACGAAAAAGCUAAAUUAUGCACCGUAUUUUGUGUUUGCGGUGCGAUUGGAUUCUACGGUGUUACCCUAUCAUCAAACAAAAACUACCUGGUAGUUUGGUGCAUGUUUUCCAGUCUCGCCACGGCAACAUGCGGCGUCCUACAACAAUCUUUAUACAGUAGUACAUUAAACGAAUUUAGUACCACAGCAACAGUUACCACGGCGAAUACAAUAGUGGCUAUUAUUAUUAUGAUUUGGGCCGUUUGUUACAGCUACACGUAUCGCACGUGCUUCUUCAUCGCUAGUCUGUUGCAGACUGGCACGGCUGUUGUAUUUUUAGUUGCUUCGUUUAGGCGGAGGAGGUAGUUUUAGAUUUCUAGUUAUUGUAAGGACAAUUUUAGAAUUUAUUAUUACUGAAAAUAAGUUAUUUAUAAAGUAAAUAAUAGAUCAGUUUUGAAAAUAUAUUCUGCUUAUUGCAAUGAACUCCAGG